CUAGAGUCAUGUCCAUGGCGACUUCAUCUCUCGUCACUCAAUCCUUUUAUACUUCAUUUCCUCUCUCUCACCGACUUUUCCUCCCUGAACUCUAUCUACCUCUUCGCUCUUCACUCACUCGAAAAUCCCUUUCUCUCUCUGCUACUUUCCCUUCGUCAUCAUCUUCUUCUUCUCCUCCUAUUUUCUUUUCCUUCUUCGACGACCCCCUUCCAGAUAAUGAUCAACAAGCAGACAAUUCGAAAGAUAACAGCCGAGAGGAUGAAGAAGUCGAAGAAGAAGGAGAAGAUAAUGAUUUCAAAGACCCAAUUCUUAAAUUCUUCAAGUCACGAACUUUAUCGGCAGAAUCAACCGAAGACCCUUCUCGAGAAUCCAAAUUCUACCUCCAGAAAAACCGUCGAACCUCCUGGCACUUGGCUUCGGAUUUCACCGACCCGGAAACCGAGAUCGACCCGGAUCCUGAGAAAUCCGUCUCUGUAGCAAACCAACAAACACUUGGUGUGCACACUGCAUCCGAAAAUGGCGUCGCUGGGGAAAUCCUGGAACUAGCUAAGAAUCUGGAAGUGAAUCAAACUCUGGGAGAGAUGUUAUCUGGUUUCGAAGGAAGAGUCAGCGAAACAGAGUGCGUAGAGGCGUUAGUGAUGAUGGGUGAAUCAGGUUUCGUCAAGAGUUGUUUGUAUCUCCACGAGUGGAUGAGUUUGCAGAACCCUUCUCUUGUUUCGCCUCGUGCUUCCUCUGUGUUGUUUACAUUGCUCGGUAGAGAAGGAAUGGCUGAUAAGAUCCUGCUUCUGCUUCGUAAUUUACCAGACAAGGAAGAGUUCAGAGAUGUUCGUCUCUACAAUGCCGCCAUAUCUGGACUUUCAGCUUCUCAAAGGUAUGAUGAUGCUUGGGAAGUGUAUGAAGCUAUGGAUAAGGUCAAUGUGGAUCCGGAUAAUGUUACAUGUGCAGUAAUGAUCACAACGAUGAGGAAAGCAGGACGAAGUGCGAAAGAAGUUUGGGAGAUAUUCGAGAAGAUGAGCGAGAAAGGUGUGCGAUGGAGCCAGGACAUUUUCGGUGGCCUUGUGAAAUCGUUUUGCGAUGAAGGGCUAAAAGAAGAAGCUCUUGUGAUCCAAACUGAGAUGGAGAAGAAAGGUAUCCGUUCAAACACGAUCGUGUACAAUACGUUGAUGGAUGCUUACAAUAAAUCCAACCACAUUGAAGAAGUGGAAGGUCUUUUUGCUGAAAUGAGAGGUAAAGGCUUGAAGCCAACAGCUGCAAGUUACAACAUUCUCAUGGAUGCUUACGCCAGAAGAAUGCAGCCUGAUAUUGUAGAGACGCUUCUGAAGGAGAUGGAGGGUUUAGGUUUAGAGCCAAAUGUGAAAUCGUAUACUUGUUUGAUUAGCGCGUAUGGGAGGACGAAGAAGAUGAGUGAUAUGGCUGCUGAUGCUUUCUUGCGGAUGAAGAGACUAGGUUUGAAACCUACUUCACAUUCAUACACAGCUCUUAUUCAUGCUUACUCUGUUAGUGGUUGGCACGAGAAAGCUUUUGCUUCCUUUGAAGAGAUGCGUAAAGAAGGGAUUAAUCCGUCCAUCGAAACAUACACAUCGCUUCUCGAUGCAUUCAGACGGUGUGGCGACACUGAGAAGCUGAUGGAGAUUUGGAAACUAAUGAUGAGAGAAAAAAUCCGAGGGACUCGGAUUACAUAUAACACUCUUCUUGAUGGUUUUGCCAAGCAAGGUCACUACAUUGAAGCGAGGGAUGUAGUUUCCGAGUUUGGUAAAAUGGGUUUGGAGCCGACUGUUAUGACUUACAAUAUGCUGAUGAAUGCGUACGCACGAGGAGGACAAGAUGCGAAACUGCCACAGCUGUUGAAAGAAAUGGCUGCUCUUAACUUAAAACCUGAUUCCAUAACAUAUUCAACCAUGAUCUACGCGUUUGUCCGUGUUCGAGACUGCAAAAGAGCAUUCUUUUACCACAAGAUGAUGGUUAAAAGCGGGCAAGUACCAGACCCGAGGUCUUAUGAUAAACUUAGGGCGAUUCUUGAAGACAAGGCGAAGACAAAGAACAGAAAAGAUAAGAGUGCCAUACUUGGUAUAAUCAAUAGCAAAUUCGGUCGUGUUCAAGCUAAGACGAAAGGAAAGAAGGAUGAGUUCUGGAAAUACAAGAGGCACCGAACAUCUUAUAAACCUGAUCCUCACCGAUCUUGAAGGUAUUGAAUGCUCUAGUGGUACAUAGUGAAGACUAUCUGAGCAUUUUUUAUUUACUUUGUUCCUAGGAGAUACCUUGAUCAUGUGGAGUAUAAAGUGUAGUAGUUUAGCUUUAUUGUUCAGACAAGCAAAGAAUCUCUUGAGCUUUAAGCAAUCUUCAGAUAUAUAAACUCUUUUACUCUCUCCAUCAAAGAUCACUCAUACA